AUGAAACAAAGGCAGGUGGGCCUGGGCCUUACCGGGGGCUGCAACGGCAGCAAUAACGGAGAGGGGAGCGGCGGCAGGCUGGCUGGCCCCGGGCCGAGGCACAGGAGGAGGCGUCGCCGCGGAGGAGGAGGAGCGGCGGGCGGGGAACGAGAGGACGGAAGCCCGGCGGCUCCUGCGGUGCGGGAUCAAGUCCAGUCCGGCCGUCAGUACCAGGCGGGGAGCCGCGGCCGGGAAGAGCCCCGCAGGGAACCCGAGGAAGAAGACGAGGAGGACGGAGAGGAGGAGGAAGACGAAGGGGACGAGGAAGAGGAGGAGUGUGAGGGAGAGGCGCCGGACGAGGAGGAGGCCAGUCGGGACGCGGAUUCCAUGGCGGCAGGCGGAGGGGCCUCGGCGCUGAGUCUGGCCCGGAAGAAGGACGGGGGCCCGGCCAGUAAGUUCUGGGAAAGCCCGGAGACCGUGUCCCAGCUGGACUCAGUACGGGCCUGGAUCGGCAAACACUACAAGAAGUAUGUGCAAGCGGAUUCCCCGACAAACAAAGCCCUGGCUGUGCUGGUAUCUCAGCUGCUGCAGUUUCAGGAAGAUGCUUUCGGUAGACACGUUACCAACCCUGCCUUCACUAAACUGCCUGUAAAGUGCUUCAUGGAUUUCAAAGCAGGCGGAGCUCUAUGUCACAUACUGGGGGCUGCUUACAAACACAGGAGCGACCAAGGAUGGAGAAGGUUCGACUUGCAGAAUCCCUCGAGGAUGGAUCGCAAUGUGGAAAUGUUCAUGACUAUAGAAAAAACCUUGAUGCAGAACAACUGCCUGAGCAGGCCGACCGUCUACCUCGUUCCAGAAAUUGAACUGAAGCUGGCGAAUAAAUUGAAAGAUAUAGUGAAACGCCAUCAGGGAGCAGUGACAGAAGAGAAGCUAAAGGCCUCCCAUCACGUGUACCCUAUUCCUACCUCACUGGAUGAUGAUGAAUGGCUAAGACCGGUUAUGAAAAAGGAUAAACAAGUUCAAGUGCACUGGGGAUACUAUCCCGAUAGCUAUGAUACCUGGAUUCCUGCUUCAGAUUUAGAUGCAGAUGUGGAAGAUGCACCCAUUCCAGAAAAACCAUGGAAAGUUCAUGCAAAGUGGGUCAUGGAUACUGAUGUAUUUAAUGAAUGGAUGAACGAGGAAGACUAUGAGGUUGAUGAAAACAAGAAGGUGGCUAAUUUCCGCCAAAGGAUCUCUUUAAAGAAUGAAGAGGCUGUGCGCAGUCCCGAGAGGAAGGAGAAAAAGGCUGUUGGAAGCGCUAAAAAGAGAAAGCGCUCUCCUUCUCCUCCAGCAGCUGAAUCUAGAAAGAAAUCAGGCAAGAAAGGCCCGGGCGGUCUGUAUGGUAAGCGGAGAGGACAGAAGGAGGAUGACGAGCAGGAGGAUCUUACAAAGGAUAUGGAGGACCCAACGCCAGUCCCAAACAUGGAAGAAGUGUUGCUCCCAAAAAAUGUAAACCCAAAGAAGGACAGUGAGCACACACCUGUAAAGGGAGGAGUAGUUGCAGACCUUGAUGAGCAGGAGGAAGAGACAGUUGCUGCUAGUGGAAAGGAAGAUGAAGACCCCAGCAGGGGAGAUCAGAGCAGAAUGAUGGACAAUGGUGAAGAUAAUGUGACUGAGCAGACAAACCACAUAAUCAUUCCAAGCUAUGCAGCUUGGUUCGACUAUAACAGCAUUCACGUGAUCGAGCGCCGAGCCCUUCCGGAGUUUUUCAAUGGAAAGAAUAAAUCAAAGACACCAGAGAUAUACCUGGCCUACCGAAACUUUAUGAUAGACACGUAUCGGCUGAACCCACAGGAGUAUCUGACAAGCACAGCUUGCCGGAGGAACCUCAGUGGAGAUGUCUGUGCAGUGAUGAGGGUGCAUGCGUUUCUAGAGCAGUGGGGUCUUGUUAAUUACCAAGUGGAUGCAGAUUCACGACCUAUGGCAAUGGGCCCACCACCAACUCCUCACUUCAACGUGCUGGCUGAUACCCCCUCUGGGCUGGUACCUCUGCAUAUGAGGACUCCACAGGUACCCCCUGCUCAGCAGAUGCUGAAUUUCCCAGAAAAAAUGAAAGAGAAGCCAACAGACUUGCAAAACUUUGGCUUACGGACAGAUAUCUAUUCGAAGAAGACUUUAGCAAAGAGUAAAGCUGCCAGUGCUGGAAGGGAAUGGACCGAACAGGAGACUCUGCUGCUCCUAGAGGCCCUGGAGAUGUACAAAGACGACUGGAACAAAGUGUCCGAGCACGUUGGAAGCCGCACUCAGGACGAAUGCAUCCUACACUUCCUCAGGCUUCCUAUCGAAGAUCCCUACCUGGAGAAUUCAGACUCCUCUCUGGGACCUCUGGCCUACCAGCCUGUUCCAUUCAGCCAGUCGGGCAACCCUGUUAUGAGUACCGUGGCCUUUCUUGCUUCCGUGGUGGAUCCGAGAGUGGCAGCGGCCGCUGCUAAAGCUGCUUUAGAGGAGUUUUCCCGGGUGCGGGAGGAAGUGCCGCUGGAGCUGGUGGAGGCUCACAUCAAAAAAGUGCAAGAAGCAGCCAAAGCUCUUGGGAAAGUGGAUCCAACGUUUGGCUUGGAAAGUAGCUGUAUAGCGGGCACUGGGCCGGAGGAGCCAGAGAAGCAAGAGAAGCCUUCCGAUGCCCCUGAAGAGGAAAAGAUGGAGACUGAAACAGCUGAACCUGCACAGCAGGAGAAAGUGACUAAUGAGGUUAAAAUUGAAAAGGAAAGUGAUGCGGAGAGCAGCGAGAAACCCGAAGUGGAGAAGAAGCCGGCGGAAGAGGAUGCUGAGCCUGCAGAUAAAGAGAAAGCUGCGGAGGAAGACACUGAAGACAAAGAGAAUGAAUCCACGAAGGAAGCCGACCCUGCAAAGAAGAAAGCAGAGAACGAUCUCUCCGAGGCUAAUGUGGCAAUGGCUGCGGCCGCUGCUUUGGCUUCUGCGGCCACAAAGGCCAAGCAUCUGGCAGCAGUGGAGGAACGUAAGAUCAAGUCCCUGGUGGCUUUGUUAGUAGAAACUCAGAUGAAGAAGCUGGAGAUCAAGCUGAGGCAUUUUGAAGAACUUGAGACCAUCAUGGACAGAGAAAAGGAAGCACUGGAACAACAGAGGCAGCAGCUCCUCAACGAGCGUCAGAACUUCCACAUGGAGCAGCUGAAAUAUGCCGAGAUGAGAGCCAGACAGCAACUGGAACAGCAGCAACAGCAACAGCAGCAGCAACACCAGAACGCCCAAGGCGGGUCUGCAGGGCCCAACAUGGCUCAUGUAGGAGCACCGAGCCUUCCCGGAAUGAUGGGCCACCAACCGCAGCAGCCUCCUCCAUACGGGGUUCACCAUCAGAUGCCUCCUCCUCACACCUCACAGCCAGGUCAGAUGCCGGGGCCAAGUUCCAUGAUGACUGGACCUCCCAUGCCAGGCCGCAUGAUGCCUAAUAUUCUUCCACCUAGUGGGCCUCACCCGCCGCCCCCUUCUGGUAUGGCUGCUCUGCCCCCCGGCAGUAUGAUGGCAUCCCGCCCACCCAUGGCACCUAAUGGCAUGUAUCCCGGCCCCCCACCACCAGCCGCAGGCGCAGCCGGCUCCUCCCCCUACGGACGGCCCGACACCCCCUCCCAUGGCACCUCCGGCCACGACUGCACCGUAGAUAAACCACUCAGCGAAGUACUUUACCCUACGAGGAGACUGACCCCGACUGACUUUUUGUAUCUGAGUGAUGUGUUUUUAUACAGCCUCCCUCUGUUUAAUCUCAUUAUUUGCCCAAUUAAAUGGCCAGUUCUUCAGCCACUCACAUAUUUCCUUUUUAUUCCUCUCUGGUAUUUAUAGGGGAGGACAGAGCCCGCGUCUCUUCUUAUUUCUGGGGGUCUAGACGGUUUCUUUCUUGAUUGGGAUCCUCCCUUCCUUCUUUGAGUUGCCCCUUUUAUGAUUUAAUGAGCCAUUAACCCUUUCUUGGGUUGUUUUUAUAACCGCGUGUGAACAUUCCAUGUCCCUAAUGGUUUCUGUAUGUUCCGCGUUAGUUUUCUGUCUUCUGAUUUUUGUGACACAAAGUGGGGCGGAGCUCACUCUGCUAUAAGCGACCUGGUUGGCCGGGUUUUCCCUUUACUUAGCCCUCUGCUCUGUCCUCUAUGGUACUUAAGCUGUCCUGUACUACAACUCCCAGCAUCCUUCAACACUAACGCUUGGGAUGCUAUCGUAUAGGCCAACCUGCCCUAGACAGUGGGGGGGGGGGGUUCAGUUCUAGGUUCUAUUUGUACGACUACUCGUGCCAUUUGGUUUAGAGACGCUCGCUGUCCGUACUGUCGGGCAGUGCAUUAUGGGAAAUGUCUGUUAGUCUGAAAUCUACCUCUCCAUUGGCUGUGGAAGCUUGAACCUUUCUCUGUGGCUUUCAGGGGGUGAUUUGUUUUUUUUGUGUUUUUUUUUUUUUUUUUUUUUAAGAAUAGAGAAUUUGCAGAUAAGCGGAAUCUGCGGUUUUUGGGGGGGUUUUUAGCAUUCUUACACUGUAGGCAGAGUUGGCCUUUAAAAAUGAAAUUGGUUGUUAGCAAUGGGUACAUAUCAGUCUUUAUGUUCUCCCAUAGGGACCCUUGUACUGUGGGGAGGGCCCCCCCAAGCCCCCUUACCCCUGUCCCUUUUGCUUUUUAUUCUCUAGUUGGGCAGUUACUGUACUGAUUGGCUCCUUGCACUCAAAGCAUUCUGGUACCGGUGCCCCCCCUACUGUUUCAUAAAUGUGUUGCCUUUUUAUCUUGGGGUUCUGCUGAUUAACCAAAUCCUGCCCAGUUUUGUUAAUAUGUUACCUGUUACACGGUGUCUCUCAGCUCCACAUGAAUUGUACAUGAACUCUUGGUUCUCAGCCGCCCCGAUUUGUCAAAUAAAAUGUGGUUUCUUUUGUAGAAAGAA